AUGCAACUCAUCUCUAUCUUGACCUCCCUCGCCUUGACAGCCACCACGAUCGCCGCUCCCAGCGCUGAUCUCGAGGAAACGAAGCAAAUUAAUUCAACAGUCAAGGCCGCUCAAGCCGGUAACUGGGAGUACUGUGCCACCGACUUCUGGACUACUACCAAGCGGGUGGUUGUUAUCAGCAGGCCGAUUGCCGGAACAAAGCGAGGAGUAUGGAUACCACGGACUUUAGCUGCGGCUACUUCCGUCCGUACACUUGCUGGGUUGUAA